AUGCAGGAGGGCUCGAAAGGCAGAAUUCUGAAAAGAGCUGACCCCUCGACGAUUCAAGAUAAGUUCCUGGUUGGAUAUCAAGGCUGGUUUACAUGUGGCGGGGACGGUGAACCAGUUGGUCCAGGCCACCAUGGCUGGCUACACUGGUUCAACUAUCCAGUGCCAGACGGCGGCCACCCCAACAUUGAUCUUUGGCCAGACGUGUCAGAAUACUCCCCUUCAGAACUCUUCGCCGCCCCAGGCUUGAAAUACAAAUCCGGAGAACAAGCGUUUCUAUUCUCGUCGCGCCAUCCUAAAACUGUGCAGAGACAUUUCCAUUGGAUGGCGAAGCAUGGCGUCGACGGCGCGUUCCUGCAGCGGUUUGCGACAGAAGUUGACAUCGACGCAGGCCGGCAUGGCAUCAGACGCAUACGCGAUGAAGUAGGUGAUCGUGUGAGAGAGGCAGCAGAGAAAGAGGGACGAGUAUUCGCAGUAAUGUAUGACGUGACGGGGCUUCCGGCAGAGCGCAUUGUACCUGUUAUACAACGCGAUUGGGUGCAUCUAAUACGGAAUCAGGGGCUCCUGGAUAGUCCGAAUUAUCUUCGAGAGAAGCGGAAGCCAGUCGUUGCGCUAUGGGGAUUCGGAUUCGAGAAUGCAGGGCACACGCCUGCGAUCAUUCGGGAGGUAUGCAAUUUCCUCAGAUAUCACACUCCUGGUGGGGUGUACAUUGUAGGGGGAGUUGCCGCUCAUUGGCGCAGUCAUUCUCGUGACGCCGAUCGUAAUCCAGAGUUCGUCGACAUUUAUACCAAUCACUUCGACGCUAUCUCUCCCUGGACAAUAGGAAGGUACAAAGAUGAAGAGGAAGCGGACCACUUCGCGGAACAGGUGAUGAAGGGUGAUAUUGAGUUCCUUAAGAAGAAGAAUGACAGUGCAGAGAUGACUGGUGAGAAGAAGAUUGAUUAUAUCCCAGUGGUGUUUCCAGGUGGUUCGGGUUUUAACAUGACGGAGGGGAAAUGGACCUUCAACGGAAUUAAGCGAAACGGGGGCAAGUUCCUGUGGAAGCAGAUUUCCAACGCUCGGAGGCAAGGCGUCCGUAUCAUGUACGGUGCAAUGUGGGACGAAUAUGAUGAAGGCACAGCACUUAUGCCAGUGAUUGAAAAGAAGAGGCUGCUUCCCCAGAGCGACAAGUUCCCAUUCUUGGCGCUAGAUGAAGAUGGGUUUGAUAUCCCUUCAGAUUGGUACAUGCGCAUCUGUGGCUUCGCAGCCGAAGGCCUCCGAAGCGAACGCCGGAUACACGACUCGUUCCCAUCGAAGGAAUUGCAGGACUAUUGGGCUACUCGGCCCAAGUAUGAAGACCUCGAUGUUAAAAGCGGCGACUUCGUUUCCGGGGCAGGGAGCGGCGGUGGGUCAGGUGGGUCAGGCAGUGGCGAGGGUCAAUCCUAUCAGGAUUGGCUUGAAGCACAGAAGGAGAAGGAAGACGGGCCACCACCACCACCAUACACGCUCGAAGCAGAAGAAGAACAAGCAACCGCGCCUCCGACGCAAAAUCAGUCACAACAAGCAGCCCCUAUCAUUCAACCACCUGCAGCCACCCAGCAUGCGACCGCAUCUUUACCAGGUCAUCGUGUUUCUCCGACACCUCAUCCCACUCAGUCGCCAUCAAUCUCGCACCCAUCUAAUCUUCCUCCUAAUCUUCCUCCUUCGCCGACUGCGGGGGCACCCCAGACCGCAACACAUCUUACAAACGAUACAUCUUCCCAGGCGCCGUAUCAAGGGCAUCCGGCUCCGCCUGCUACAAAUCAUUCUACGUACCCAGCUUCUGGACAAAGUCAGGCUAAUACCGACCCGAUGGCAUCUCUGACGAGCGAGUUCAAUCGUCACACAAUUUCCCCGCCGCCCAUUGGACCAGGCGGCUCAAUGAUGAACUUGCCAAAUUCCCGCCCUCCGACACAUCCCAGUCAUCCGUCCAACACUCAACCCCCGCCAUUGCCCCUCCAACAAAGGCCAUCGGCGCGGCCGAGUCGCCCUUCAACAGCGUCACCGCCGACAUCCAAUCCAACUUCCCCUCGCCCCGGAGCGGCAACAUUCAAUCAGGGUGACAACGCUUCUGGUCCGUGGUCACAAGGCCAAUGGCCCCCUCCAGACUGGCAAGUUAAUCGACCGAACCAGGCUGCUCCUCAGCACCAACAGCCCUAUCCUCAAUUGGGCCCUCAGUCAUCACAGCAACCCCAUUCAUCAUACAUUGACACGACUUCAUAUCCCAAUCAUGGGUAUGCGAACAAUGCUACGCCGAGUAUUCCAGGUGCGAAUCUAUCUCGGCCCAACUCGUACACCGCGGGGCAUGGACACCACCACCAAACCCCUCUUCGCCCACAUACAUCGAUCGGACCAGGGACCAUACGCCCCGGUAGUUCGCAAGGUCCCUCGCACAAUCAACCACAGCAGAGUUUACCGGCAGCGUACCCACAACCAAAUGCUACGCCACCAUCUGUACCAUAUCCUGGGCCAAGUACAUCGACAUAUCCAGGGCAGUCGACAUAUAACUACUCGCAAGCAGGCUCUUCGUCAUACAACCCUCCUCCGGCGGGCGCGCCGAUGUUUCCUGGGAUGCCGUCAACAUAUGGCUCGCCUCCUGGCCAGUCCUCUGGAUUUGGGGGUCCGCCAAUUUCCACCUAUCCCGGGCAAGCUGCGUACCCACCUGCGAGUCCUCCAGUAAUAGGGGUUCCCUCGUCACACGACUCUGCCAGGUAUGGUGGCGGUCUUUUCUUUCCCGAGGCCCCGAAGGUCGGCGAUGCUGGGUAUUCUAGUGCACCCGCUCCGCAACAAUCCUCGCCUUAUGGGCAAGCGCAGUCGCACUAUCCUGGUGGGCCAGCCUAUGGCGAUGCACCUGUGUCUCCCAGCGGCCCUGGCGGCUUUUAUGCAGGAUCCUCUCCUGUGCCACCGCCGAGACCCCCUCCUCGUCCGUCGACAUCGGGCUCGGGCUCUGGUACUGGUACACUUUUCCCUACACCGUCUACUGGUGCCUUCGGCUUUGCUCUGAGCGCAGUAGAUCGCGUGGCAGGCCGAGAACGAAGAGAACAGUUGGAAAAUCUGGCCAACUCUGGUACCAAACUCUUCAAAAAGAUAACGCGCUGA